GUAAACGGAGGUAUAUGGGCUUCGCCUGCUGGGCGAGAGGGCAGAUAAAGUUGUCGCAGGGCGGUCGGAACCUGUGGGACAACAAGAGCACAAGUGAUCGAGUUGUUGUUUUUUUUUUUAUUUGCAACGUUAUCACAAAGAUCACUUGUUUGCACCGGCGAGCUACUUUGCACCAAACCGCCGUCCUCUGACUGACAGCUGGCGGUAGAAGUAAACAGCUCGCUGCUGGCUAACCUCGGCUAGCAUCAUUUCCGCCAGCGGCUAACUCCGUUAGCGUUGUGGUUGAGCUAAGGUUAGCUGGCUAACCUCAAAACAUUUCGAUGCUAAGGUUCAGCGUUGCAUUAUUAGGACUUGUCGAUUACAUAGGUGUCUUGUACGGUAUUUUCUCAGUUGCUUUGCAUAACUAGAGAAACGCCUUAGGCGAGAGCUAUCGCAACGGCGCUUUCCAUUCAUGUUGUUUUUGAGGACAGGACUUGCGAAUACUCUUCGAGAACGGGAGUCACUGUGUGUCCUCUGUACCGAGGAGGUGAAUUAACUGCCUCCAUCUGCUGACGUACUGACAGAGGGACAGGAUGCCCAUCCCUCCCCCUCCCCCGCCUCCCCCAGGUCCCCCGCCACCCCCAACCUUCAGCCAGGCGAACACCACCCCCCCCAAGCUUAAUCGGGAUGAGACGAAAGGGAGAGAUGCUCUCCUCUCAGACAUCUGCAAAGGCACCAGGCUGAAGAAAGUCGCCGCCGUCAGCGACAGGAGCGCCCCUGUUUUAGAGAAAACGGGCAGUGGUGGAGGCAGUGGAAACGGAGGUGGAGGAGGAGGUGGCGGCGGCUUUGGAGGAGGAGGACCAAUGCCGAUGGGAGGUCUUUUCCAAGGAGGUGUGCCAAAGUUACGCCCGGUCGGAGACAGCUCCGUGGGAAGGUCUGUCCUACGGCCGCCAGGUUCCCGACCCGCUGCUCCACGCCCCCCAACAGGCCGCUCUGCCUCACCCUCGCCUCCGGAGCCCCAGCGCUCCCAUCGGCCCUCGCUCCCAGACAUCUCCCGCCCUCAUAACACAAGCUCCUCCCAUCCCUCCGCAAGCAGUGGGAUGAAGCACAGCACAUCUGCCCCUCCCCCUCCACCGCCAUUUAACAGGGGUGGCCGUGGCAGCGCCCCGCCCACACCCAACCAGAAAGCCCCAAAUCCACCCUCGUCAUCCUCUUCUUCCUCCUCCCAUCACAGCCGAGAAAAGCCCCUCCCUCCUACACCUAACAGAGGCCCUGCCCCUCCCAGCUCUGUCCCCCACGCCUCCAUGAAGCCAGCUCCCACGUCAAGCAGACCCCCCACGGGAGGCUCUUCAGCCCCGCCUCCUCCCCCUCCUUACAGGCACCCGUCAGGCGGAGUCUCCAAUGGGCCGUCCUCCCAUAUGGACGGGGCUCCCGAGCUUCCCCAGAGGCAUAACUCCCUCCAUAAGAAGAUGUCCUCUGGCAACAGCAAUAGCCAUGGACGCAGCCAUGCUCCGCCCCCGCCCCCAUCGCCAUCUCCAUCGUCGCAACAAGGGAACAGACCCCCACCUCCGGCCAGAGAGCCCCCAGGGCGCAGAGCAGCUCCCCAGGUACCCCCAACCGGAUCUCGUAACGGCGGUCGGGAGGCUCCCCCGCCACCACCCCCUUACCGUGUCCACAGCUCCGUGAACCACCUUGAGACCCACAGCCGGGGGGGCAAACUCCCUCCUCCACUGUCAUCAUCUUCUUCCUUGUCAUCAUCCUCCUCCCGUACCCCAGCCGGACCCCCUCCACCGCCUCCACCCAUCCGGAAUGGUCACUCGUCAGCCCUGUCCUCCAAGUCCAUCACAGAUGAUUUUGAAUCAAAGUUCAACUUCCACCCGGUUGAAGAUCUUCCACCUCCAGAGGAGUACAGGAAUUUCAGCAAGACCUACCCCAGCAAAAACAAUAAGACUAUAAUGAGAGGUGCACCGCCAGCCCCACCAGUUGGGAGGUGAAUAUACUAGCUCAGGAUGGAGAGGACCAGAUGAGUCUAACAAAUGGAUGUUCACAAACACCAGCUUCAAGAAACAGACACACACACUCACUAAAACUUCAGUGGGGCCACAAUGGUGAAAUCUUCAGAGACCCCCCCACACACACACAAUGAGACAAAUGUUGACACUACAUUUUCACAGUGGUCACUGUCCUCACCUUUUGUCUUAGCAUGAUAGAACAAAACCACUUUGAACAGGGUGACUGGUUCCCUGGCCUUUUCUGACUGUGCUGUGACCACGAAUCACUCUUUACUUCCAGAAGAGGAGAAAGGGUCAAAGGUUGGCAGUGGCUGCUGUAUUCCCAAUAGCUAGACCAACUUUUUUUUUUUAAUUCCAAAUCUGUGCAUUCCAUUAUUUUUGACACAUUCUAACGACAGCCAUGUAAAUGAUUUCCACAAUUCUGGAUGUUGUUUUUUUUCUUUCUUUUUUUACACUUCAUUCUGGACAGCAAAUUUCAACAUUAGCAAUAGAAACAAUCUUCUGGUAUGUGUUUGACCUAUAGAUAAAUUAUAGUCAAGUCUUACUGCAUCACUCACAUUGCCAUGAAUGUAAGACAAGUCCUUUUUUUUCCCAGUUUUUGUCUGUAAUUAUUUUUUUUUGUCUUACAUUGCCAUUGCAGCAGUGCCAGGUGAGAGGGUGCGCUUAAUUAAAUUCUCUCCUUCUCCCAGUGUGCCAAAAGUGGGUUGAGUCCACUAAAGAGCGCAGAAUGAGGACAGUUUCCAGAUGUAACAUUUUUAAAAUCUUCCGAUCACAGGCAAAAUACUUUACUGGAAUUUUUGCUAAGCCACAUGCAAAGCCAUGCCUGGUUGAGGGGUUGUUUUCCGAAUUUUCCUUUUCUUUAUUAGGGGAUCUUUAUAAUUCUUCUUUUCAGGCGUUGUUGAACGGCAGCUUAAUGGCUAGAACUAGGACACUGUGUAUGAUAGCACCUGUGGAUGCUGGAUGGUCGUCUGUAAGGCAUGGAAGUGAAUACUUUUGAACCAGAAUCACUGUUGGAUCAACAUCUGCCAGAUUAACAAAAUAGAAAAUGUCAGGGCAGAGCUUCUGGGUUUCUUGAUGUCUUUUGAUACUGGAGAGCAGGAGCUUAAAGGUCAAAAAGUCUCUUCCAUUCACUUGAACAGGUUCUGGCUUCGAUACUAUCCACAAGAUGGAGACCAAGGCAUAUUAUUACCAUUAAUAGACCUUGAUUAGUUUUCAGGGCUGCAAGUGUACCAGUGUAUUUUACAACUUUAUGAGGGAUGUUUGCAAAAUCCUCCUUCCGGGGAAGUUGAUUUGAGAGCUUAAUACUAUUUUCUCACCUAGAUUGAUUUACUUUGCUGCUGGUGGCCCUCUGGGAAGGACUGUAUGGCCAGAGAAAAGAUAUGUUUGUUUUCCAAUGCAUUGCAAUGCAAGGAACUGUUUGUAUUGAUUCUCAUUGGUAGCAAUUGACCAAAAAAACAAAAACAAAAAAAAACACUAAGUGCCAGAUUUAUAUAUAAAUAUAUAUGAGAAGAUUGAGGUUAUAAUGGGUUUUUAAAUUACUUAUUUUCUUGGGUUUUUUUAUGUAUCACUAUGCUCUACUCAAUCAUCACGUCACAGUGAUGCGCAUAUCAAGAGAACACGCAAGAAGUGAACAAAAUUGAUUGGGGAGGGUUUUUUCCCUUGAAAAUUAAAUCUAGGUUUCCCCCAACCCAACAUGUAGUGCUUGCUGCUGGUCCUUGCCUUACACAAUGCUUUCGACACACCUAUCGGUACCAGCGCCUUUGUGCAGAGGGGAAAUGAAAAAGAUAGCAACGAAAAUGAGGAAAAAACGUUUCUGUUUGAAAAUGCAAUAAAUAUUGUAUAUUUACAUUAAGUAUGAGGAAUAUGGUAAUCAUAGUUAUUGAUCUAUUUUUUAGGUUGUAAAAAGCUUGUAAUAUAGGAAAGACAAUUAAGAAUUAUAACAACGGUGCCGUCGGUGGGCUUUGACCCCAUUGCCAGAUUGACAGGUAGCUUUGCAGCACUUGUUUGAAUGCUCGGACAUAUGGGGUUGGCUUUGGUGAAUCGAUGAGUGGGAAAUUUGCUACAGGCCACAUGCGAGCAAGUUGUAUUUGCCACAGCUGCUGGUUUGUUUGCCGGCUGCUUUUGUGGAUAACUAGCCGAUGUUUGGAGGUCAUACUCUCCCAUAAUAAAAUGGUAAAACUGGCUGAUAGAUCUUGAGGCAUACUGACCUCUAAGGCCUGUGGAGAAUUGCAGGGUUGACCAAUCACGUUUGUCUCUUCAUGUGCUCACCUCGUCCACUGUAUCACCUGUGGUCAUUUCAUGUUAAUCAACCAUGUUUUUAUCAUUCUGAAAUUAUUUCAAAUAAAUAUAUGCCUUUGGGGAAAAGGGUACAUUGUGUGUGAUAUUUUGUUUGCUUUUUGCCACGAUGGCAAAUAAGUUUUUGGUCACCAUGAUUAGGUCUAUGUGCUGUUGAUAGAGCUUUACUUGAAAUAGUUCCUCGCAUUUCAGUGUGUGUCUACAGGCGUAUAGUUUUAACAUCUGCAGUGUACCUUUAUAGACCCUUUUACAGUUUGUAUACAGUGAUGACGUAGGUGUGGAUGCGCGCGCAUUUAGGCAACGUGUGUGGGG